AUGCAUGCGCACAUAUACAAAGUACGUAAAAUAGUUACUAUUUCAUAUAUAUAUAUAUAUAUAUAUAUAUAUAUAUAUUCAUAUUCAAAUAUUACAGACACAUAGGUACAUGUAUUGUGCGUGCAUGUGUGCAUGAGUGUAUAUCUAUAUCCAGUUCAUUCUAUUUACUCAUUACAUAUACAUAUACAUAUACAUAUACAUAUACAUAUACACAUACACAUACACAUACACAUACACAUACAC